AUGGACUUCCUCAAGUCGGCGGUAGCCUCAGCCAUCGCGCAGGGACCGCCCUUCCCCUAUAGCUUCGGCGACAGGGUCGACGUGGACGCCUCCAUAUGGACACUCUACAACGGCACGCGGCGCGCCAACGGGUCCAACUGCAGCAUCUUCUCCUUCGACGUGACCGCGAACAGGUCGCGCCUGCCUCUCGCCAAGAAUGCGCUCAAGAAACUGCGCACGAUGCGCCACCCGGGCGUCAUCAAGGUGCUGGACACCGUCGAGACCGACAGCUACAUAUACAUCGCGACCGAGCGCGUCGUGCCGCUGCGGUGGCACGUCAAGCGGAAGAGCCUGAGUCCGGAGACCAUCAAGUGGGGGCUGUACAGCAUCGCGCGCACCGUCAAGUUCAUCAACGACGAGGGCACUUCGGUCCACGGCAGCCUGCGGGUCGCCUCGAUAUACACGUCCGAGAGCGGCGAGUGGAAGCUGGGAGGCUUCGAGGUCCUGAGCAACGUCAAGGACGACGAGGCGAUAAUAUAUACGUAUGGAAGCCUGGUGCCAGACUCCGGACGCUACACGCCACCGGAACUGGCGCGCUCGGGCUGGGACGCCAUCAAGCGAAGUCCGCACUCUGCGAUCGACGCGUACAACUUUGGAACGACGAUAUUCGAGGUGUUCAAUGGCGAUUUCUUGGGUGCCGACCAGGCGGGGCAGACCAAGGGCAUACCGCCUACGAUGCAUUCUGGUUACAAGCGGCUUGUGAACGCGAACCCCAAAGCCAGGAUUACAGUCGGGGCAUUCCUCGAACAGGGACGGCGACCGGGCGGAUUCUUCGACUCCUCGUUGAUCAAGCUGACCGAGGGCGUCGACAAUUUGGGCGUAAAAUCGGAAGAUGAGAGGGAGCGGUUCUUGGACGAUCUGGACCAACUAUCGGACGACUUUCCCGAGGAUUUCUUCAAGAUGAAGGUUUUGCCCGAGUUACUGAAGUCAGUCGAGUUCGGCGGCGGCGGUCCCAAGGCAUUCAGUGUCGUCAUGAAGAUCGCGACCAAACUUGCGAACGAAGACUUCGAGGCCCGGGUCCAGCCGGUCGUCCUGCGGUUAUUCAGUAGCCCCGACAGAGCUAUACGGGUGUGCUUACUAGAUAACCUGCCUUUGAUGAUUGACCGGCUACCGCAGAAGGUGGUCAACGACAAAAUCUUCCCCAACAUGGUGUCUGGCUUCACGGAUGUGGCACCUGUUGUUCGAGAGCAGACGCUUAAAUCAGUCCUCGUCAUCAUCCACAAGCUAUCAGAUCGGACGAUCAACGGCGAGCUGCUGAAGUACCUGGCCAAGACGGCAAAUGACGAGCAACCUGGUAUCAGGACAAACACGACUAUUUGCUUGGGCAAGAUCGCCAAGAAUCUCGGGGUGGGGACCAGAGCCAAGGUCCUCAUUGCUGCGUUUUCGCGAUCACUGCGCGACCCUUUCAUACACGCGCGGAACGCAGCGUUGAUGGCCUUGGCAGCUACCGGUGAUCACUUCACAGAAGAAGAAUGUGCAACGAAAAUCCUACCGGCUAUUUGCCCCUCGUUGAUCGAUAAGGAGAAACUGAUUCGAGACCAAGCCAACAAGACGAUGGACGUCUACCUACAGAGGAUUCGCAAGGCGGCAGCCAGCAUGCCAGACACAGUCCUGCCACCCCCUCAAACCACCGAAGGCGCCGGCCCACGCAUGAGCACUCCUCAGCCCAGCGAGGCGUCAUCGUGGACGGGAUGGGCCAUCUCGUCCUUUACCAACAAGAUAUCCUCCGCCUCCGGCGAGAUGCAGACGUCAGGCAACGGCGCCCCAACCCCACGACCCGCCUCGCCGUCUGCUAGUCUCGAUCCCGGACGCACGACAGCCACUCCCACCACCUCCUCAGCAUCAGCUCUGCACCGCCAAGCCAUCACGUCGCCCGCGCUAUCUCCCGCCCCGCUCUCGCGCGCCUCGUCGACAACGGCUCCAGAGGCAUACUUCAAGGACCCUUCACCCGCGAUCGACGACGACGGUGGCGACGCCUGGGGCGACAUGGACGACAUGUACGACGAAGACGCCGACGACGACGGCAGCGGCUUCUCCGACGCGCCCAGCACCGAACCGGCUACAGUACGGCCGACGAAGAAGGAGCCCAUCGUCUCUCCCAAGCCGUUCGACGACGGGUCCGAGCCCGACUUCGCGGGCUGGUUGGCGGCGCAGGCGCAGAAGAAGACGCCCGGGAGCAAACCGCUGCCGAAGGGUUUGACCAAAUCGACCACGGCUACUAAUGCUGCUGGUAAGAAGCCGAUGGCGGCCAAGCCGGCGCCGAAGCCGGUCGUGGCGAAGAAGAUCGAUAUGAAGCCCAAGGCGACAGAGGCUGACGAUGACGGCUGGGGCGAUGGGUGGUAG